UGAACUUAACAGAAACAUCAUGCUUUGGGGCUGUUUUUCUGCAAAGGGACCAGGACGACUGAUCCGUGUAAAGGAAAGAAUGAAUGGGGCCAUGUAUCGUGAGAUUUUGAGUGAAAACCUCCUUCCAUCAGCAAGGGCAUUGAGGAUGAAACGUGGCUGGGUCUUUCAGCAUGACAAUGAUCCCAAACACACCGCCCGGGCAACGAAGGAGUGCCUUCGUAAGAAGCAUUUCAAGAUCCUGGAGUGGCCUAGCCAGUCUCCAGAUCUCAACCCCAUAGAAAAUCUUUGGAGGGAGUUGAAAGUCCGUGUUGCCCAGCAACAGCCCCAAAACAUCACUGCUCUGGAGGAGAUCUGCAUGGAGGAAUGGGCCAAAAUACCAGCAAUAGUGUGUGAAAACCUUGUGAAGACUUACAGAAAACGUUUGACCUCUGUCAUUGCCAAGGGUAUAUAACAAAGAAUUGAGAUAAACUUUUGUUAUUGACCAAAUACUUAUUUUCCACCAUAAUUUGCAAAUAAAUUCAUUAAAAAUCCUACAAUGUGAUUUUCUGGAUAUUCUUUUCUCAUUUUGUCUGUCAUAGUUAAAGUGUACCUAUGAUGAAAAUUACAGGCCUCUCUCAUCUUUUUAAGUGGGAGAACUUGCACAAUUGGUGGCUGACUAAAUACUUUUUUGCCCCACUGUACAUCCGAGCGUUGGUGCAGCAGGGGGUGAGGAAGGUGAAGGAGGUAAAGAACCAGAUGGUCCAGUACGUGUGGACGGAGCUGUUCCGAGACACGACCCCGCUGAGGCGCUUCUUCCCCACAGAGAAAACCAUCCAUGCCGUCAUGGCUCAGGUCAUCGCAGAGGAACACUACAGCAACAUAGACCUGGUCAACCUGCUGGAUUACUGUAAUUGAAGGAACUAUGGGAAAGUUCUCCUUCCCAAGGAUCAUCAUAAGAAUGCCAUGGGCAAAGCGGACUGCACAGGACGAUUUCUGCACAGAAACUACUGAACUCCACAGGCCCAGAACACACCAGCCUCACAACUCCUCACAACUCCCCAGCCUUAAUGUGUGUAGGCAGGGCAAGGAGAACACCAAUUCAACCCAGAAGAAGAGGGAAAAGAAGAGGCUAAAUGAGAAGGGAACCCAGGUUGAACUAGGCAUGCGGGAGGAUAUCCAUGACCUUGACCUCGCCCAUUGGAGAUUGGCUAGACAGACAUGGAGAACUGAGCGAGGAAACAUGAGGGAGAUUAAGGCGCUGUAUGGAGAAAUAUUUAGGCUGCACCAACUCUUGGAGGAGAUUGGGGUGGAUAAAGGGGUGAUCAAGCAGCGCUCCACCUCCUCCAUUCUUUGUCCCGUCUCCCCGACACUGCCAGCUUUCCACAGGUACAACCUCCACAGGUACCUCGCCAACAGCCAAUCGGAGCCUGACCAGCAUGCUGCCGGCACCCAGAAGGACCCAUCUAAGAAACACUCAAUCUUUCCCCCUCUGGACACACAGAGCUGCACCUCCCCUAAUAAAUGGCCUCAUUCUCAGUCCAAGAAGUCACACCCACACGCUUCACACCGAUUUGCUGUCCCAUCCCACCUCCUGGCUUCCGGCCCUCCUGCCCGGAUGAGACAGACCCAUCCGCAUGUCCACCCCAGAUCCUCAUUGACUGGCCAGGAAAAGGUCAAGGAAGAGGUCUAUAGGCCAGAAAUUACAUCGUCUGAGGAAAUGUCUGAGGAAGUUCAACGGAGAGGCGCAGAAAUUGCGAAUAUGUAUAAAGCACAGCUGAAAGAGAGGAUGGCCCAAAAGAGAAAGGAAGAGAUUCUGAAGAAAGGGGUAAACAACGAUGACAAGAACGAUGACACUGAGGCCUCCUGCUCCUCUGCAGUAAAACACUCCAAUACCCCUGCCACAGCCCCCGAGCGCCCGGACAGCCCAGACGCCACGCCAGUGGCCGCCCAAGAGGACACUCAGGGGGAAACCCAGCAGGACCUGGCAGACGUUGUGAAUGUGCUCAAGAGGCAAUCAUCUGAUCUAUACCUGCCUGACGACGUUUGUGAGGAGUCACUCACAUGGAUGUCUAUUUACGAGGAGCUGUGCCCGCUCGCUCACAGGGUGAACACAGAAGCUGACUACAUCAAGGCGCUCCGCGUCAUCACUGAGAAGGCUGUGACUCCCUCGUGCUCGUCUGAGGAUGAUGUAUCUCAGAGUGUGAGUGAGGUCACAAGUCAGGAGGGGAGUAGUGAAAGUGUGGAGAGCAUGAGUGGACAACAGCAGAGAUGUCUACACAGGGAACCUUAUGGUGAGAGGGACAGGAAGGAGAUUGAUAGUGGUAAAAUGGAAGGGAGAUAUGCAACCGCCAACGCAUUGUCUAUGAUGGCAAGCCGAGGGAAAGAAGAACUUAAUGCCAUGAGCUACGCAGACAGGAUCAAAUUUUUCAAGGACGAGGCUAAGAGAAAUGAAGAGAUGAUGAAGAUUGAAAGGAGGAAGGAAAAAGCCAGGGACGAAGAGCUCAAAAAGUGGGAAAAGAGACAGAAGAAAUUGAAGAAAUUGAAUGAGGAGGAAAGGAAAAGGCAAGAAAAUAUGGAAAAAAACAAGUUAGAGGAGCAGAGGAAAAGGGAGAAGGCAGAGAUGAAACUAAAGAUCGAACAUGAGAAAAAGAGACAAGAGCAGGAGAAAAAGAGAGAGAAAAAAGAAAGAAAGAAGCAGGAGAUGCAACAGAAGGCCCGUGCAAAAGAAGAGAAAAAGAGGGCAGAGGAAGAGAAAAAGAUGGAGAAAAAGAGGGCAGAGAUGUUAAAAAAGAUUGAGAAACAGAGGAUGGAGGAGGAGAGGAACAGGGAAAAGGAGAGAAUGAAGGUGUUGGAGAUGCAGCAAAAGGCACGAGAGAAAGAAGAGAAGAGGAGGAAAGAGGAACAGAAAAGGAGAUUGAAGAUACAGCAGGAACAAGAGAAGGAGGAACAGAAAAGGCAGACAAGGAUACGGGACGAGGAUAAGAAGAGAGCAGAGCUUCAAAGAAUAAAAGAUCACGAGGCCAGGUUCAAGAUGGAGAUGGAGAAACUGUAUGAGAGAGAAGAGAGGAAUGCACAGAUUGAAAGAGAAAAGAGGCGUGCGCUGUGUCAGAAAAAAGGGCAGACACAGAGAGCAAAACAGGUGGUGGCAUACGAGGUCACAGCGUCUACAUCUGACGCCUCUGUGCGGAGGGAAGAGAGGGAGCAGCGUCCAGAGACCGCUCACGCACAGUCUGCGAAGAGGAGAACAAGGAAGAAGCAGAAGAAAGCGGCGGACGAGGCAUUGACAACUUUUGAGUAGGUGACAAAAGAAAAUACUAACAAAAAAAAUGAGAAAAUAAGCAAAAGGAGGAAAAUAUUUUAAGGAAGCCAGGCAUGAGGGUGAAGAGGAGGAAACAUGAGAGAGGAGGAAGGGAGACCAGAGUGGUUUAUCAGGAGGUCAGUAGAAGAUACAGAAUUCAAGUUCUGAUGGACAGAAUCAGGAAGGACCAUGGGAUAAAAGGUCAAUGAGAUUAGCAGUAAAGAGCUGAGUGGAUCAAAAGAAAGUAAUGAAAAACACAAGGGGGGAGGCAAGAUAAACAGAGACCCAGAAAAAAGAGGUAAAAACAUUUUAUAAGAGUAAAAGAGAGGAGAUUGAACUAGAAUUCCGAUGGACAAAAUAACUAUCUAAAUAACUAAGGAUGAGCAGAAAAGGAGAAGACCAAGAGCACAGGAAAAAGAGCCAACAGACAUGUCAAAAAGAACUGAAGUCUGUCUCUUCUACUUCUCUUUUAAAGUUGCUUUGGUUUCCUUUUGUCCUCUUUCCAAGCCUGUUCAAGUCUGAGAUAGAUGAAAAGAGCAGCCAAAGAAACAGAUCUGUUGAAGCAUCAACUGGAAAGGAUGGGAGGGUUGGAGGAGGAGCACAGCUGGAUGACUACAUUAGAUUGUGGCAUAUUAGGUCACUUUAUCUGUUGAAGCAUCAUUAGGAAAGGAUGAAAGGGAGGGAGGCAGGAAGAGGAAAACACAGAAGAGCAGAUGAGGAGCACUCUAUGUUCUGCUUCCAUGUGGAUUGACAGCAUUGCUUUCAUGAGCUCCUGGAGGACACCAUAGAGGAAGAGGGAGAGGGUCUAUGAUAGGCAGUUUGCCAUGGCCCUAAAUGGGCUUUUGGAUGUUAAUUCUUCCUGCUUUAUAUCAUGCAACUUUACAAUAAAAAUGAAUUGCAAGCAUCA